AUGAUCAUUACAACAUGGAUUGUGUACGUUCUUGCCCGCAAAGGUGUAGGGUUUCCCUUCCCACCAAAAACCAGUUCGGAUAUUGAAGUUGUGGAAAGUGAAGCUGUGUCUGUGGUACAGCACUGGUUGAAAAAAACUGAAGAAGAGGCUUCCCAGGGCAUAAAAGAGAAGAUGUCCAACAAUUACCCUCCUACCCACGGCCAGGACAUACAUGUGACCAGAGAUGUGGUGAAGCACAGACUCUCAAAGUCUGAUUUAUUAGCAAAUCUGAGUCAAGAGGUCCUGGAGGAGAGAACUAGAAUCCAGUUCAUAAGAUGGAGCCAUACCCGUAUCUUCCAAGUUCCAAGUGAGGUGAGAGAGUGUGCUAUGCGGGAUCGGAUAGAGCAGGUGAGACGAAGCCUACCACUGGCCCCAAAAAGCCAGGACCUGUUUGCCUUUGAAUGGACUGACCUGACAGAAGGCAUUAGCGGACAACUGACCUGGACGAUGUUACCCCAAGGGCUCAAAAUCUCGCCCACAAUUUUCGAUGAAGCACUACAGGAAGACCUGGCUCAAGCACACGGGAUCCGAGCUGACCUACGAGACACCACUUUACCAGAUGCCGAAGUUACCUGGUAUACGGAUGGGAGCAGCUUUGUGCAUGAUGGACCACCACUGCAGGGGCGGCAGUGGUUCCAGUCUGAUUUGUUACUUGAAAUUGAUAAUCAUGAACUCAUUUAUUCCCUUCAAGCCCUGCAACAAGCCCAAUGGGACAUCUGGCCGAGCUUGAGAGAUCUUUACCAAUCUAAUUCCCCUCCUGAACCUCACCAGUACCAACCCGGUGAUUGGGUGUACGUGUGGAGACAUCGACAAGAAACUCUACAACCUCGCUGGAGAGGACCUUACAUCAUAAUCUUGACUACGCCCACCACCCUCAAAGUUGACGGAAUAGCCUCCUGGAUUCAUCAUACCCACGCCCGCAAAGCUGACCCCGUCCCGGAUCAGGAAUGGCACAUCUCCAAGGACCCCAACAAUCCACUCAAGCUAAAAAUUCAGCGAUGUGGACCUCACUAG